AUAAUUGACAUUUUAUAAUUUAGAGUUUAGACCAUUCUAUGAGAAAACAAAUCAGAAAUAAAUUCAUUCAUCGCUCUUUAUUUGUUCUCAUAUUCAUCUUAAUUUGAAUUGUUUGUAAUCUUAAAUUUUAUCUUUCUCACGAGUAAUAAUACAGAAAUCUAUUCAAUAUCUGUAAUUGGUUUUAAUCAUGUCCAAUAAUUAUGUGGUAGUAAGCGGUCUCCCAAAAAACGUAAAGAGGCAGAAAAUGAUCCACUUUUUGAGAAGUUACGUUUUCAAAAAGCCGCCAUUACAAUUCUGGAUCGAAUCGAUGAGUUCCGGAGCUAAUAAUUCAAAAGACAUGUUAAUUCGCUUUGAAACAGAAGCGGCUGCAGAUUUUGCCGCAAGAACUCUACAAGAUUAUCCAUAUCAGCAUACAGAUCAAGAUAUAUACAAGUUGAAAUGCUGGAUAAAGAAUAAUGCAGAUACCAUUAGGGAUCCACAAGAAUUUGAUGAAGAUGUGAAAAUUGAGAGGGAUGUACAACCAGUUGAAUUUCAGAGACCUUACUCUCCAGUAAGAGAAAGGGAUAGGAGCCCCCACUUGCGCGAGGAACUAUCAAAACUUGAGUUGGAGAUUGAACUGACAAACAAGAAGCGUAUGCUUCUAGAGGCAGAAAGGAACCUAUUACUGGAGCAAAAGCGGCUAGAAAUGCUUCAAAAGUCAGGGACACCUGAUUUAAACAUGGAGGAUUCAACACAAUCCUCCACUAGCAGUGCACCUCUCACUUUACCUCCAAAAAAACGAGAGCGGAAGCGACCGCAAGACCAAAAUCAAAAAAACUCAGGAGAACCAUCAAAAAACCUAUACUGGCCUUCCAAAAUUCUAAUGAAGGAUAUGCUUCACUGUAUUAGAAGGAAUGUAAAUUCAAACCAAAUACCUUUAUUCAAUGCUUUAUUGAGAAAUGUAGUCCGAAAGCGCUUAACUGAUAUCUUGGGUGAUCAACCUAAUCAGAAUAGUAAGAAAUGCAUAUCCAUGUACCGAAUGUUAUAUCCAAGAGAUGUAGAUGAAGAUUUUGUCAUAACCUUGAGAAAUUUGAUGUUGCAAGGCCAGUUACCUCCAGAACUUCAGGGUCCUUGUCUCCAAUCAGGCACUUCUAAUGUUAACAUGACAAACGCAAGUAGCAACAUAGAUCCAGCCGACUUACCAAUUUCAGAGCUAAGCAAAGACCUUGACGAUUGGACUGAGGAUACUACUGCAAGUGAUACUUAGUAUUGUUUCCGAAUAAGUUGGCCAGAAUCAUUAAAUUUUCAGAAGUUGUUUUGUAGGUCUCGUCUCACUAACAGUGCAUGUGCAAUCCCCAUCACACAACUCUGACCAAGCCGAGACCAUUACAACUCUUUUAAUAGCUGCUACUGUUAAGUCAAAUGAAUUUUCAAAUACAAACAA